AUGUACAUAAGUUGUCCUAUGAAAAACAAACUCGUUAGUUGUAACUACAAAAACUAGUCAAUUCUCUUCACUAGCUCUCCAGCUACACUUGGAAAAUAAUCGAAUGGACUAUUUUAUCCUUCUCUUUCUUACCUUUGCUAUCCUACUUGGCACCUCCUUGUUCCUCCACGUCAUUCGAAUACCCACGUGGCUCACUAACAAGUCGACGUGGCAGACAGGAAGGGACCCACCUUCACCGCCAUGCAUUCCCGUAAUCGGCCAUCUUCACCUCCUAACGGACAUGCCACACCACUCCUUCGCACGACUCGCCGAUCGACUCGGCCCAGUCUUCCUCCUCCGACUCGGCCGAGUUCCCACUCUGAUCAUCUCCUCCGCCCGACUCGCCGGACUCAUCCUCAAAACUCACGACCACGUCUUCGCCAGCCGACCCCAGCUAGUGGCCGCUCAGUACCUCUCCUUCGGCUGCUCAGACGUCACCUUCUCCCGCUACGGGCCCUACUGGCGCCAAGCACGAAAGAUAUGCGUCACCGAGUUGCUAAGCCCCAAGCGAGUCAACUCGUUCGGAAUCGUCCGAGUCGAGGAGAUGAACCGUAUGCUGAGUCACAUCACGAAUCGGUGUUUGUCGUCGGAGGUGGUUGACUUAAGCAAGGUGUUGUUUACCUUAGCGAAUGAUAUUCUGUGCCGAGUGGCUUUUGGGAGGAGGUUUCUUGGGGAUGAAGUUGGGUCGGUCGGCGAAGGGCAGAAGCGUCAUUUGGUGAGGGUUUUGGCGGAGACGCAGGAGUUGCUUGGUGGGUUUUGCAUUGGGGAUUUUUACCCGGAGUGGAAAUGGGUCAACUCGUUGAGUGGGUUCAAAAGGAGAGUGGAGAAGAACUUGGAUGAUCUGAGAGCGGUUUGCGAUGAAAUAAUAGAAGAUCAUUCGUUAGCGGUGAAAACGACGUCGUCAUUGGAUAGCAGAGAAGAUUUCGUUGACGUGCUUCUUCGGGUGCAGCAGCGAGAUGACUUGGAGGUUCCCAUUACAGAUGACAAUCUUAAAGCUCUUGUUCUGGACAUGUUUGUAGCUGGAACAGAUACAACAUCAGCCACUUUAGAAUGGACAAUGACAGAGCUAGUUAGGCAUCCAAAAGUGUUGAAGAAAGCACAACAAGAAGUUCGAAAAAUCGCUUCAGCUGCCGGAAAAGUUGACGAGAGCCAACUCCAGUAUCUUCAUUACAUGAAAGCUGUUGUUAAGGAGACAAUGCGGCUGCACCCCCCAGUCCCUCUACUUGUUCCUCGAGAAUCCAUGGCGGAUUGUACUUUGGAUGGCUAUGACAUACCUGCGAAAACUCGGGUUUUGAUCAACUCCUAUGCUAUAGGAAGGGACCCUAAAUCAUGGGAAAAUCCCCUGGAGUUUAAUCCUGAGAGAUUUGAGGGUUAUAACAUGGAUGUUAAAGGUACAGAUUUCAAGUUUCUACCAUUUGGGGGAGGAAGAAGAGGGUGCCCUGGAUAUAACUUUGGCUUGGCAACAGUUGAGCUUGGACUAGCUCUGCUGUUGUGUCAUUUUGAUUGGAGAUUGCCUGAGGGUGUUGGUGCUGAUGAUGUAGACCUUGAGGAGAUUUUUGGGCUCGCUACAAGAAAGAAGACUCCUCUUAUUGUAGUCCCAACUGUGAAAAAGGAUUAUGAAUGGAAGCGUAGUGAUGCAUUUGUGUCAAAGUGAGUGAUAAUAAGUACUGAUGCGAAGUCCUUUCUGCCUAUGUAAGACCCUUGCUUCUCUACUGUUGUUUGUUACUUAAGAGUUGCCAUUUGUUUCUAUAUUUGCUACUGUUGUCGUUGGAGGCAUUAGUGAGUAGUGUUCUAAAUAGUUUGUUAAUAAGUUCAUGCUAAGUUUGGACCUUAUAUUGUAAUCGUUUCUCUGCUACUGAACUUUGAAUGAGAAUUCUCUAUGAAGCUUGGUUUAAGCGUAAGGAAAAACUUCAAAUGAUAUUCCCUUCUUCCAAAGGAUGUACUCUACUCAAUUCCAGGAGUUUAAAAUGUUACAAAAAUAAUAUACAAGCCCGGAACUUGUUAAAAUCUGUAUAUUGACAUCAGUGAAAAAUAACAUGAAACUUUGUAAAUGAGCAGAAGAUGUAUGAACAAAACUGAGGAAGAGACUUGUGCACGAACUUUCCGAGCAGCGUUGUAUGUACUACAGAAGAUCUCUAUCUCCCUUAAUCAGUGGCCACUGUGAAUCAAGCAAUUGGGUGCUUUAACUUCAGCUUUUAACCCU